GAACUCUGGACUUUGGACAUGCGAUAUAUCGUUCGUCUUUCCAAUUAGGAGAAAACAACUUUAUCUUUUUAAGCUAAACAUGGAAGAAGAAAUAACUGUUGUCCGAGAACAGCACCGUUUCAAUGUCGGGGCCUUGCAAAAGUAUUUAUGUGACAAUAUACAGGGGAUUUCAACUAACAAUACUAUUACUGUCAGGCAAUACAAAUCAGGGCAGUCCAACCCUACAUUUCUUCUGGAGACAACGAAUAAGAAUUACGUUCUGAGGAAAAAACCUCCAGGACAACUCCUGCCAGGGGCACAUAAGGUGGACAGAGAGUUCCGGGUACAGGAGGCCUUGUUCUCAGCUGGGUUUCCUGUGCCACAGCCACUACUGCAUUGCGGUGAUGCAUCAGUCAUCGGAACUGAGUUCUACCUGAUGCAACAUGUGCCGGUAGUUUAG